UGAGGACACCUGUCGUAGAAUGGGAGGUCAUCUAGCGGCUUUCCAAAGUCGAAGAGAACUGGACGCCGUAUCAUCGAAACUCUAUCGAAAUACUCCUUAUUGGAUAGGUAUCAGCGACCGGGAAAAUGAGGGAUAUUUUGUAACUGCCUCCGGCAAUCGAUUCCCAUAUUUGACAUUUAACGAAGGAGAACCCAACAACAGCGGUGGCAAUGAGGACUGCGUCGACAUCUACAACGGAAUUAUGCACGAUGCUCAGUGUGAAUCGCUACGUUCUUAUAUUUGCCAGUUAGGCAAUUAGCUAUGUAUAAAUAAAACUGUAAACAAAAAGUGUCAAAAUUACACAGUUCUUAACUUAUCCGUCAAAAAUGUCAAUACUUUAAAAAUUGUUUUUAUU